AGGGCCGCUGCUGGCGCUCACAAGAUGGCGGAGGCGGCCAAUUGCACCAUGGAGAAUUUUGUAGCCACCCUGGCUAACGGGAUGAGCCUGCGGCCGCCUCGGGAGGAAGUGUCGUGCCCGCCCCCCGAGGGCAGCGCCAAGCCCUCGGCCGAGGACAUGACCUCCAAGGAUUAUUACUUCGACUCCUACGCCCACUUCGGCAUCCACGAGGAGAUGCUGAAGGACGAGGUGCGGACGCUGACCUACCGCAACUCCAUGUUCCACAACCGGCACCUGUUCAAGGACAAGGUGGUGCUGGACGUGGGCAGUGGCACGGGCAUCCUCUGCAUGUUCGCUGCCAAGGCCGGUGCCAGGAGAGUUAUUGGGAUCGAGUGCUCCAGCAUCUCCGACUACGCCGUCAAGAUCGUCAAGGCCAACAAACUGGACCACGUGGUUUCCAUCAUCAAGGGCAAGGUGGAGGAGGUGGAGCUGCCGGUGGCCAAGGUGGACAUCAUCAUCAGCGAGUGGAUGGGCUACUGCCUCUUCUACGAGUCCAUGCUCAACACCGUCAUCUACGCCCGCGACAAGUGGCUGAGCCCGUCGGGGCUGAUCUUCCCGGACCGCGCCACGCUCUACGUCACGGCCAUCGAGGACCGCCAGUACAAGGACUACAAGAUCCACUGUGAGAAUCGGGAAUCGGGAAGAUUCGGGGGGAUUGAUUCGGG